AUGAAAAUAAAUUAUAAUGAAAAACCAGUAUUAGUUGGAAGUCUAUUUAAUGGAUUAGAAAUAGCUGCUAAUGAAUUUGAUUUAUAUAAGAAUAAGAAAGAUGAUUAUAUAUUACAUGGUGAAUCUGAAAAUUUAGAUUAUAAUGGUGAAACAAAUAAUGAUGAUUUUAAAUAUAUAUUAGGUGUCUAUGAUGAGGACAAAAAGGCAGUUGAGAUUUAUAAAACUAUUUAUUUACCAACUAAAGUUACUGCUAAAAGAAAUAGAGUUUAUAAAGGACCAUCUGUUAAACAACAAGGUAUUAAAAAUCUACAACAAAGACAAGCCUUGGGUGAAGCUUUUGGUACAAAGAAAGCAAAACAAGCUAUUACCAACCUUGAAAAGAAUAGAAUUGAUGCCGAUAAAUUACAAGAUGUUGAAUUAGAUAUUUCUGAAAGUAUUGUACCUAUAAAAAUUGAACAACAAUCAAAUUCACCAUUACCAAAAGUUGAUACUGAAGCUACAAAUGUUGAAAAUGUUUAUAAAUUAAAGGAUGUUGUUCCAUUACAUUUAAUUACUAUUGUUGGUACUUUAGAUAGUUUCCCAAGUCAACCACCAUUUGUUAAAAAAUUAUAUGAAACUGCAAAUCAAAAAGUUUUAUAUUAUGCUUCAUUAUUAUUUGCGUUUUAUCAAAAUAAAAGUAUUAAAAAGAAGGAUGAUUUAAUAGAGAAAUUAAAUUCACCUUCAGAAGCUUUGGUAGAUUAUCUUAUACAAAAUUUUACUACAAAUAAAAGUUCAACAUUUGGUAAAAAUAAAAAGAAUAACUUUAUAGUUGAUCCAUUUCAUGAAAAUAAGUUAUUAAUUCAUUUAAUAAUUAUUUUGUUCCAUUUAAAUUCAUUUAUAUUAGAAUUAAAUUCAUAUUCAGCACAAUUAAAAUUGAAAAAUUCAAAAAUGUUAACUUUAGCAAGAUCAACUGGUGCUAUAAUAAGAAGUGCUUCAGUUGGAGAAUGUGAAGGUUUUGGUAUAACUAGAUCACAAGCUGCAAAUUAUAAAAUUGCUCAAUUGAAAGUUCCAUUUAAAUUACCAGAAUUAUCAAGAAAGAGAAGAUAA